CGUCUGCAGUACUGCAGUGCACACCAAAAUUAGGACUCGUCAGAAGAGUACACGUACACGCCGGUUGUUGGAUGAAAAUGUCAUUUAGAGGCAGAAUUGUUCUGGAUUCUCCAAUGCCAGUCGGUGUUAUCCACUCGUUCCCCAUCCCAUCCCUCUGCACGUGUUUGAAACAAAGUAGCCAAGCAAAGGAAAUGUUUCAAAUAUCACAGGAUUCCCUUAUCGGUAAAAGAAGUAAGGCAUGAACUGUUUCUCGGAUUUUUUUACGAGUUCCAUGCCUAGGCUGCAUUGAAAAUUCAACCUCCCACUGCUGAAAAGUAUUGAUAGCUACAAUAUGAUUUUGUUCCGUCACCCAAUUACUCAGCUCAAAUACAGCAAUGUCAACAAAAAGUCUAAUCCUUUCAAGUACAGUGUGACUGCUGGAGUUGUCCCUGCAUAUGAAGGGAAAAAAUACUGACAAAGUGAUUAAAUCGUGAGCACCAGCCACACAUACCGAUGUGAACUACCAGGUACUAUAUUUAGCUGAAAUAACAAGAAUUCCAUUAACAAGUCGAUUUUGGAAUUAGCAUGGAUCACAGUUUUACUUUGUGCAACAAAAUAUAAUUGCUGAAGGAAAAUGGCCAAAAUGGUAUCCAGUGAUAGGAACGUCGACAUUGGUGUUAAAAGUGCGGGAUAAGUGACUACGUGUUUCUUCAGGAUCGACGGAAAUGCAAGUGGCGAUUGUUUUCACUGAACUAAGUUACUCGAAUAGCCGAUGGAAUUCAACAGAGUCAGACUUAAAGAGCCCAUCUCCUACAACUUGAGCAACAAGAUGUAAGAAUAACACUUUUGCAACUCUUGAAUACUCGAGAAUCUUUAGAUUAUGAUAGACAUGUCCUCAAAUACUGGUUCAUUGCAAGAAGCAUCUUGUUAAAUUCAAUUCAAAUUCAAUGGGUGGAUACCUGGCUGUAUUUCCCCAGGCUUAAAGGUAAUUGUAAAGUCCUCUUCCGUUUGGUGGUGGCUCCAGCACAUUUUCACUCACCGUGACCAUUUCAUACCUGGAACAUGAAAACGGACGUAGUUUGUUACGUGAAAUUCCAGCGUUGUGACAGGGUUUCGAGAAUGACACCUCCUUUAAGCGGCCCCGUCAAUCCUUUGGGAUUUCCACUCCAACGUCUCUGAAAUUGGAGUAAAAUUGAAUGCCAGAUAGUGCGAAGGUGUUUGCCAUUGAGGGGAUUCGAUGUCGACGAGGAGCUGAUGAAAAUGCUGAACCAAAGGAAGAAAAUCAAAAAAGUUGGAUGACGUUGAGCUGGCGAAAGCUAUCCGUUCCGUCCAGUCCGUGGAUGCUAAGGAAUAUGUUGGCUGUCACUAGGUGACUAAAACUAUGUCCGCUAGAUGGCGCAUACGGCGUAUUUUUCUUUUCAGAAGACUACAAUUUCUACUUGGCAAUUUCAUCUGAUCAUGUGGCUUGGAGUUGGAGCAGCUGUACAUUUUGCCAAAAUGUCGUCUCUAUUUCCUGUACCUGCUGAACGUUUCGUCAAAAACACUCAGGACAAUUAAAGAUUAAUUGGUAAUGUCUGAUCUGAGCUCCUUCGCUGCUGCCCAAUGUGACAUGGAUUUGACGUGGCCACCUGGUUAAAUGGUGUUCCUCUUGCCACCUGUACUGCUGUAUGUUUCGUCACAUGAAGAAACAUUUCAGAACAAUUGAAGUUUAUUGUUUACGUUCCCGUAGUUGCCGUCCGAUGUGGGACAUUGUUGCAUCCUAUGCUGGUGAAAGAUAUUUUUGCAUGAAGUUGCAACAACAUAAAGUUUAUCGUUUACGUUCCCGUAGUUGCUGUCCAAUGUAGGACGUUGUUGCAGCCUAUGCUGGUGAAAGAUUUUUUUGCAUCAAGUUAAACUGGCUGUUCCUUUGCAGGUGCAACAUUAUUUCGUUGAAUUGUCAUUGUGUCUAUGCAGUUUACCGUUUAUUUGUUAAAAAGGAACAAAAACAGAAAUAUGUGGAAUUUCUUUGUCAAAAAAUAAUGAACAUGUUUUUGGGAUUGGGAAAGGAACGUAGAGGAUGUUGCAAGGGGGGAUUUGAAUUUUAAAAAAAUGUCGAGGUUUGCUGUUACAAAGUACCGUUGGUAGAUAAAGAAGAAACCUUAUAACCUAUAAUCCCAUAAACACACCUAACAUUUCCCAAACCCCUUUUAACUUAUAAUCCCAAACAUAUAUCUUCAUAUCAUUUCCACCACCCCUUCCCUAGAUAUAAACCCUGAAACGUUUCAUGCAACACUUGUAAAAUGCAAUAUAAAUGUUACAUUUGACUAAAACAUUUAAACCUUUGUUUCCACGUAACAAGAAACAUUUUGGACGUCGUUUGGAAAAGCAGUGUAGAAUUGAUCGACUACGCCGGAAAUGUCCUAUUCGCUUUCGGUAAAUCCAUGACACCUCAAGAGUUUGCACCGUACUUUGCUGAACUGUUGCCGGCUAUUCUUCGCAGGGCGGAAAAAUCUAGGCAUUGGAGGAAUCGAGGUUCUGCACCAUCAUCGAUAGCUUCGUGACCCCCGCACAGCCGGCUUCACUGCUUCUUAUGCUGCCACGCAACUUGUCUUACUUCACUGACGAGUUUGACCACUCCACUAUGACACACCUGUGGUCACCCACCACCGGGACUAUGUCCAGAUAUUUUGGCCAUGCAGACACAUGGAAUGGAUGUCGAACGAAGAAUCUGAUAUAGCAUACUUUCCCAGCCCACUAGGAGAUUUGAUGCUGACCAAGUCAUUGUAACUACAAGAUAUGCAAGCUUUGCUUGUGCUGGAUCUGUCAUCACAGCAACAAUAUCAGAAUCAACAAUUGGGUAGUAAACGAAAAUCUUUUUCAAUCCCUGAGCGAUGCCCUUAAAGAUGUCCACGAGCACGUCACGCUGUCCCGCAACAUCGAUGGCGCUAACACAUGCCGAGUCCUCUAAAUGUUUAACCAAUGGACAACCGAGAAGGUGAAAGCGGAAAGUGUUAAUGUUUUGCCCAAAGCUUAUGUUGAGGGUGCAAUUUUGGAAGACUACAAGGUCGCAUUGACCUUAAACGAUGGUUAAAAGAUUCAAACUAUGUCGUCGCUGUUGUCGGUUGGGACGCAACAACGGAUUUGGCUGUCGCUUCUGGUUUGGAAAUAGAUUCCAAUUUUGGUGGUUAUCGAGUCAAAACCGAGCUUGAAGCACGAUCGAACGUCUGGCUGGCUGGAGAUGCUGCCUUCUUUUGUGAUAGCAAAUUGGGUCGUCGGCGUAUGGAAUAUCACCAUGCUGUUGUAUCAGGGCGAUUGGUUGGAGAGAACAAUACUGGCAACGAAACAUGGAUGAACAACUGCAGUGUACUCUUCCCAAGUGCAUUCUUCUUCGUAUUAUCAGUACGCAAUCGGUUGAUGAUGGUGUUGUGCUGUUGCCGUUUGUCGUAUCGUUGAAGGCUGGCUCGAUCACUGGUGUACCGAUGUCUCCUGAGUGUGGUGGAUACCAAAGCUCCACACCGCUGCCUUACUACACAACGACAACAUUCGCAUCAACCGGUUACUACACUGAGGCUCACAAUUACUACAUCACCAAGGCUCCAGAAUAUUACACCGCAGAUAACGCUUCCCCGAGCUACAUCAUCAAAGAUCCUGAGUACUACACCGAGGCUCCCAAGUGCUACACCACCAAGUCACCGGAGUACUACACGUAUGUUGCCCCAGCUUACUACACCGAGGUUUCCAAGAAUUAUUUAGUUCCUAGCUACUACACCGAGGCUCCAACUAAUUACACCACCAAAGCGGUUGAAUACUACACCGAGUCACCCAAUUACUACACCACCAAGGCUCCAGAGUAUUACACCACAACUUGUGCUACCCCGAGCCACUACACCGAAGCCCCGAAGUAUUACUCUGCCCCAAGCUACACAACUGCAACUGAGGCGGCCAAGUAUUACGCAGCCCCGACUAACUACACAGCGGAUGUUCCUUCGUACUACGUUGAACCGGAAUACUACACCGAGGCUCCAGUUUACUACACCACAACCUACGCUACACCUACUACACACUACACCGAGGCCCCUAUGUACUACACUACCAAGGCAGCUGAGUAUUAUAACACUACUUACGCUGCUCCGACCAACUACACCGAAGCUCCGAAGUAUAACUCUAUCCCGAGUUACUACACCACUAAGGCACCUGACACACCCUACGCUUCUCCCACUUAUUACAGGGACGUUUCUAAAUACUAGAGUCGAAUUUAAAAUUUUAAUAAUUAUGUUCAGAUUUGUCGGUCAUAUCUUAAUAAUUACUAGUCACUGGGAAUUGUUGAUCUUUAAAGAGAAAUAAUUUUUUUUUAACCUGGGUAAUCAUUUUGUACGACUUGUCUUUCCACCUAAAAGCCUUUAGACAUUGCGACGUUUUCAGAUUUGUGUUGGAUCUUUACUAUUUCGCAUGUUGGAGAUGACUAUUGCUAUAGUCUUUUCUAUAGUCGCUCUGCAUUCCGACAUGUUCUAGUGUUUGGACGACAGGGCAAGUUACGAAAGAAAAGUUCUGUGGUGUUAACUAAAAAAAUGUGAUGUAAACAGUUCUGUUUUUAACUUAAGUUGGGGUAAAAAAGGUGUUGUAGAUAAUGUUUGGUUUGUCACAGCAAUUUAUUUGAAGAAUCUGAAGAUGAUCAGUCACAAAAAUAUACAAGUCAAAUGCUAAA